AUGACAGAUCAACAGCAAACAAUCCAUCAAUCCCCUGUAGAACGGGUGGUCAGCUACCAGCCGGUACAGACCGCAACCGGUGUAGCCGUGAAUCUCUAUUCAAAGGCGACAGAGACGAAUCGAUAUGUCAAAAGAGUCCUAGAAACCGGCGAAGGACUCCUCAAGCAAGGUUCAGCGGUUAUCUGGCCAUACGUCCAGCCCGGUCUACAGCGCCUCGAGCCUACAGUUAAUGCACAACUAGACUACCUUGGGGAGAAAGCACCUCAGGUACAAGAGUUUGCAGCUCAAAAGUACAAUAAGACCUCGGCACGCGCUGGCGAAACUGUUGGGGCUAUGCAAGCACAGGCUGGAGCUGCAGCUGAGGCAGUGCAGGCCAGGGCGGCUGAUGCAAAGAAAGCAGCAGCUGACUGCUACAACACUACCGCACAGACUGUGGCGGAGAGAGCUACCGAGUUGUAUGACAAUACAACGAAGGCUAUUGAGGCGAAUGUGGAUUAUUAUCUACUCCCAGCCUCAGCCGAAGACGAGAAAGAGCUUUCCCUCGUCUUCGGUCCAGGCUAA